AUGGUCCAGCGUGUGACUUACAGGCGUCGUCACGCCUACGCGACCCGGAGCAACGUCAUCCGCAAGCUCAAGAAGCCCGGCGGCGGUCUCACGGUCCACUACGUCAAGAAGAAGACCAAGGGUCCCCAGACCCCCUCCGGCGACCACGGCCGCAUCCACGGCGUUCCUCGCGUGGCGCAGGUCAAGUACAGCAGCAAGCACAUGGCGAAGAACAAGAAGAGCGUGACUCGCGCGUACGGCGGCGUCCUCUCCGCCGGCGCGGUUCGCGAGCGCAUCACCCGCGCCUUUCUCGUCGAGGAGCAGAAGAUCGUGAAGAAGGUUCUCAAGAUGCAGGCUGGCAAGAAGUGA